AUGUCUCUAGAUCAUAUGCGAAUUCGUGUGUAUGAGAAUACUUGCCCUCCACGAGCAGGCACCGACACCCACGAUGCCAUUCAAGAGGGAACCCUGACCAUAAAACCAGUUCUUCGGUCUCAGAGCUCAUCCUUCGGGGCAGAAAUCUAUGGCAUUGAUUGGAGUAAACCUGUUCCACUCGAAAUUGUAGCACAGUUGGUCGCUUUACAAGACAAAUACGCCAUCUUGAUAUUCCGAAAAACAGGACUAAACAAUGCGCAUCACAUAGCUUUCUCAAAACAGCUUGGAAAGGAGUUGGAAAUCAACCCCUUUUUCUAUGGUCGAGAGAAUGACCGUCUGGGAGAACCAUUACUGUUCGAUGUGGGGAAUAUUGAACUGGAUGGCUCUUUAGUCAAGCGAGAUAGUCGCAGAUGGCAUCACAGUCUGGGCAAUGCCCUGUGGCAUACAGAUUCGUCAUAUCAUCAACAACGAUCCAAGUAUUCCAUUCUUCUUUCUCAUGGAAAUCCCGUCGAGGGUGGAUCUUGGACUCAUUUUGCGGAUACUCGACAAGCCUAUCAAGAUCUUCCUCAGAUUAAAAAGGAGGAGAUUGAAGAUCUCAUUAUUGAGCAUGAUCUUUGGCACUCCAGGAAACUCGCAUCGCCAGAGGUGUUUGGCAAUCCCCUUCCGCAUGAAGUAAAGACCAAGCCGCCUGCAUUCCAUCGUCUAGUUCAGGUAGCUCCAGACGGACGCAAAACACUAUACCUUGCCGCCCACGCAAAGAGGAUUCUGGGGAGGAGCCUACAAGAAAGCCAGAAGUUGAUUUGGGAACUUAUCGAUCACUGUACUCAGCCAAAGUAUGUGUUUUCUAUGGAAUGGAGACAAGGGGGAGAUAUGGUUUGGUGGGAUAACAGACAAUCUAUGCAUCGUGCUAACCCAUAUACUGAGGCAAUGACGGCUAGAGAUGUUCGUAGAUCUACAAUUCUUGAUGAUGGUCCCUUGGCAUUUGGUGCUUCCCGAGAUGAAAAAAUCGCUGCCGGAUGGUCUCUUAACUAG